GCUGAUCCUUGGUUCCGAGAACUUAGGGCUUAUUAGCUUGUCUGGGGCUCUAGUAAAUUAUUUCUUCCCAGGCUAGACCCAGAGGCUGAGCAAUUGGUUCCGAAUCCAGAGGAACCCAGGGCCAGGCGACGCCGGGUCACGUGGCCGACUGCUUACAUGACGUGCGGGCUGCUGAGCGUCACUGUGACGUUUAGGAGUCCUGCGAAGUGGACGGGCUACCUCCGUCACCUGUGCUGUCGGGGUGCUGUCAUGGACCUGGGACCGAUGCGCAAGAGCUACCGCGGGGACCAAGAGGCAUUUGAGGAGACUCAUCUGACCUCUCUGGAUCCCAUGAAGCAGUUUGCUUCCUGGUUCGAGGAAGCUGCUCAAUGCCCGGACAUAGGAGAGGCCAAUGCUAUGUGCCUGGCUACCUGCACCAGAGAUGGAAAACCCUCUGCCCGCAUGCUGCUGCUGAAGGGCUUUGGCAAGGAUGGCUUCCGCUUCUUCACUAACUACGAGAGUCGGAAGGGAAAAGAGCUGGACUCUAACCCCUUUGCCUCUCUCGUGUUCUACUGGGAGCCCCUGAACCGUCAGGUUCGUGUGGAAGGCCCUGUGAAGAAGCUACCGGAGAAGGAGGCUGAGAACUACUUCCAUUCCCGCCCCAAGAGCAGCCAGAUCGGGGCUGUGGUCAGUCGCCAGAGUUCUGUGAUCCCUGGUCGGGAGUACCUAAGAAAGAAAAAUGAGGAACUGGAGCAGCUCUACCAGGACCAAGAGGUACCCAAGCCAGAAUACUGGGGCGGCUACAUCCUGUGCCCCCAAGUGAUGGAGUUCUGGCAAGGCCAAACCAACCGCCUGCAUGACCGUAUUGUCUUCCGUCGAGGCCUGGCAACAGGAGACUCCCCUCUGGGACCCAUGACCCACCACGGGGAGGAAGACUGGGUGUAUGAGAGACUGGCACCUUGACACUGAACUCAAGAAUGUUCGGGAAUCACCAGGGGAAAGAGAGGGGAGAGAGGAUGAGGGAAUGGAAGACAGAUCUACCUUCUGCGUGUGGCGUUGGCUUUAAACCUUGCUCGUGCCAGGCAACCCUUUACCACUGAGCUAGAGUCCCAGCAUUUGUUUCUUUUUACCUUUUAUUUUAAGACUAAAUUGCCUAGGCUAGCCCUGAACUCACUGUGUAUAUAUCCCAGGCAAGUGUUGGCCUUGAGUUCCUCACCUCGGUCCCUUGAGGAGCAGAGAUUACCGGCUUGUGCCACGAGGCCCAGCUCUAGUUCUUGUUUUUAAGCUCUGCCAUUUCCUUCCUUAUCCUUCCUACCUACAUCUCUCCGGGACUCACUCACCCUGCAAGUUCUCUGAACUCGAAUCAGUCAGCAGCUGGAACGGAGUGCAGUAGUGUUGGAGACAUUCACAAAUAGCAAAGAAUUAAUUAUUCCCUUGACUUUGUUCCUGGGUUUGGGGGAAGACCGUCCUGGGAGCUGCAGCUGGUCUGACUCUGUUUCUAGUAAUAGAUUAAUCAGGUUGCAGAGAUACAAAAGGCUUCCUGGCCCUGGAAGGCAGCCAGACCAGGCCAUGUUUGCUGUGACUCAGACAAACCAUUAUAUAUUCUGAUUGGCCUUGAACUUGUUACUCUGGGCACCUGUCUUCUUUUGACUUUGUGACUGUGUGCUUCCGCUCUGUCACUGACAAAGGCUCCUCCCAAGGCAACUUUGUCCUGUGUUGAUCCUUCACUUAAGCCUGGGUCCAGGAAAGACAUUGAUUGGCCCCGUGGCCAUCGGCCAGGUACCCUUACCUACCUCACCCCUUCUGCUGAUGUGCCAUGGACUGUGACUUUAUUAGCAUAUGCCUAUAAGCUGUUGAAAAGUGUUGUACCUCACCACUGUUAGGGGGUUGUGUAUGCCCCACCCCUGGGCUUUAGUGUGAUCUCAGCUGUCAGUUCUACUGUACAAGUGUGUAAUAAAAACUUGUCAGCCGUA